AUGUUUCUUUCGAUCGCAUUUUUCGCAAUUAUCGCUGCUGUGGAAAGUUUAAACUGUGCAGGAGGUCAAUUAACAUCAAAGCAACGUAAAGAUAUCGUACGUCAGAAUAACAGAUUACGUUCGCAAUUGAUUCGUGGAAAGCUUAAAAAUAAAGAUGGCAAAUAUAUGCCACGUGGAAAGAAUAUGCUUAAACUGAAGUGGAGUUGUCCGCUAGAAAGAUCCGCGCAACAAUGGGCAAAUCAAUGUGUCUUUGAACACUCACCAAGAGAUCAAAGAAAAGGAAUCGGUGAAAAUGUCUAUUAUUACCGGUCACCAGCUGGUGUUGAAAAAUUUAAGAAGACUGCUGGUACGGAUGCCGGCAAAUAUUGGUGGUUAGAACUUCCAGAAUUAUACAAGAACAAUCCAACUAAUAAUUUAACUAAUGAUGUUUCCCGUCAAGGUGUUUUACAUUUUACACAGAUGGCUUGGAGCAAAACGCAUAAAAUAGGUUGCGGUAUUGCUUCAAAUUGCGAGAAUGGUCAUAAAAUCAUAGUUAUUUGUCACUAUAAGCCAGGUGGAAAUAAACCAAAUCAAUUGAUAUAUCAACGUGGCAUACCGUGCAAAAUGAACAACGAUUGUUACACUAAGAAAUGCGCAAAAAAAUCGGGAUUGUGUAUAAAAUGA